AUGAAAACGACGGGCAAAAUUCAAAAAAAUGCGAAGAAAAAAUCCCCACAUCCUAAUUCAAGAAAAGCUUUAAAACUGGCUGGUGCGAAAAUACGCGAGGAACGAUUGCAGCUGAAAGAAGACCGAAAGGCAGAACAAAUUGCCGCCAAAAUAUCGAUGUUUAAGUGGUAUCAGGAUGAAAUGCGCGAGCGACUUGUAGACUUGAAGGAUUUUACCAAGGCAGAUGCACAGGACUUCUUCAGAAAGUAUCUGCAUAGAUUCGACGAAGAACUCAACCAAAUAAGCGAAACUAAUCAAAUUCUCAAACGAAAAACAACAGGAAGUAGAUUAGCAAACAUCAACGCCCUAGUUCUUAAAGAACGGCAGCUUAUUGAUUCAUCUGGACUGGAAGGCCCAAACCUUUUUAAUUUCAAGAGUCUCGAAGAAUGGUUAGAGUGGGACGGGGAAUUCGACUCGAUGCCGCGGCUGAAAACGAAGAAAUGGACGACCCAGGCGCUUGAUAUUAAUUCUUCUGUCGAAUUAUAA